AUGCUAAUGGAUUUAUUUGUUCUUUACGAAGUUCUUUCCGCUAGGAAAUCACAGGAUGGCCAAUUUUUGUGUCUCUGUUGGUACAUAUCUAGUAAUUGUAUGAUCUUCGGAGCUGGCAAAACAACUCUUUUGAACACUCUUCUUUCGCGAAAUCUCAAAGGGUUAACAGUUGAAGGGACUGUGGCGGUUAAUGGAAAUGUGAUUGGACGUGAUAUAACAGCAAUCUCUGGAUAUGCUCAGCAGGAAGAGAUGUUUGUUGGUACGCUGUCGGUGCGCGAGUAUCUCUCAAUUCAGAUUGGACGUGAUAUAACAGCAAUCUCUGGAUAUGCUCAGCAGGAAGAAAUGUUUGUUGGUACGCUGUCAGUGCGCGAGUACCUCUCAAUUCAAGCUCGACUUCGAGCGAAUUUAAGCCCUGAAAAGAGAGAGAAGCGCAUCAAUGUGGUGCUUACACAGCUGGGUCUUUUGAAAUGUCAGAAUACGAGGAUAGGGAUCAUGGGUGUGCUGAAAGGGAUUUCUGGUGGAGAAGCGCGAAGACUAACAUUUGCCUGUGAGAUGCUGUCCAAUCCAGCUCUUCUGUUCUGUGAUGAGCCAACCACCGGCCUGGACUCCUUCAUGGCUGAGAAUGUCGUGCAAGUUUUAUCGAAGCUGGCAAAAAGUGGACGAACCGUAGUAUGUACUAUCCAUCAGCCAGCAUCGCAGUUAUACCUGAUGUUCGAUAAAGUCAUGUUUCUUGCUGGUGGCCGUACUGCUUUCCUCGGCUCACCCCAAGACUGCAUUCAGUUUUUCGAAGAGUGUGGCGCACCUUGUCCUCAUAACUAUAACCCAGCCGAUCUGAUCAUUCAUACCCUUGCUGUUGUUCCACAUGAAGAAGAAGCCUGCCGGCAACGAAUCACCCAAAUCUGUGAUGCAUUUGAGAACAGCACUCAGGGCCGCAUUGUGGCUGAGGAGGUUUCUAGAAUUCCUGUUACUGAAGUCCCGCGUGGACGUCGUAGACUUGGCUUCUUUACGCAAGUUGGCGCUCUUUUUCAUAGCUUCAAUGUUUCUCAACUUGUCGUCGUGCCUAAUGACCUUACAUCUAGGUAUUCUCUUGAUAAUUUGAGAAACCCGUCACUAGCCAGAGCAAAAUUGCUUCAAAAGUUUGUAAUGGGUAUCUUCAUUGGUCUACUUUAUCUCAGAGUGAGUUUGUUUACCGACGGCAAUGUGAAACAUUUCAGCACUCAGGGCCGCUUUGUGGCUGAGGAGGUCUCUAGAAUUCCUGUUACUGAAGUCCCGCGUGGACGUCGUAGACUUGGCUUUUUUACGCAAGUUGGCGCCCUUUUUCAUAGAAACCCGUCACUAGCCAGGGCAAAAUUGCUUCAAAAGUUCGUAAUGGGUAUCUUCAUCGGCCUGCUUUAUCUCAGAACACCUCUUACACGUGUCGGAAUAGGAAAUCUUAAUGGUGCCCUUUUCUACAUAGUCUCUGAGCUGACGUACUCGUCCCUAUUCGGAAUUCUUACAUGCCUACCGGGGGACUACCCUCUCGUUGUACGCGAAUAUCAUGAUGGAAUUUACUACGUAUUCAGUUACUACUUGGCCCGAAUAUUUUCCUACAUUCCUCUGUUCAGUCUUGACGGUUUGUUGAUGCUCUAUGUUUGUUAUUGGAUGGUUGGAUUUUCUAGCUCAGUCACGCAGGUUAUUUUUGCCACGAUUAUCGCUUUUCUCGUUGAGCAGUCCUCAUCUGCAUUCGGAGUAAUGCUAGCAUGCAUCUCUCCUUCAUAUCCGAUAGCAGUCGCUUUGGCCGGUCCACUUCUUACCUUAUUGUCACUUACUGGAGGACUUUUUGCAAAUGUUGGUACUCUUCCACCAUAUGUAUCAUGGAUACAGUACCUUAGUUGGUUCAGAUAUGGAUUUGAAGCUUUAGCUAUCAAUCAGUGGCAGGAAGUAAAUGGUGUGAAUUCCACUGACUGGAACACUCAGCGACGAGACGAGGUGCUGUCGAUGUUCUCAUUCAGAGCUGAUCGUUUUGUGAUCGACUUGUUGCUCAUGGUGGCAUUCAUCCUCGGAUUCUAUGCCAUUGGCUAUUUCGGGCUGUCACUUCGCGUGUUCAAGUCGCGAUAG